AUGGAUGAGUUUAAAAUGUGUUAUUUUCAUGCCGAUAUGGAGCGACUGGUAAAGCGACACAGAGAGUGGAUAACAUUCCGUGACAAUCGUGGUAGAACCGCGGCAAUGCAUUCUGCAAUUGCCGACAACGUUCGUAAUCUUCAGUUCUUGAUCAGAAAAGGGCUGUCGCUUUGGGAUACGGACAGUGGUGGAGCCACAGCACUACAUUGGGCAACGCAGUGUGCAGCAGCUAAGGUUGUUCGAUUUUUCCUGCAAAGUGGUAAGUCCCCGCGUGGCUUGGCACCAUUUCUCGUGGCUGACAAAGAUGGUGUGACACCAAUUCAUAUUGCAGCUGCUGGAAAUGAUUCGCCAUCACUCGGUCUACCUGUUGAUGCCAAGGAUUCAAGCGGUCUCACUCCUUUAAUGUGUGCUGUUGGAGUUCCCUUUGCACAAGGAGUUGAUGUAUGCCGUCUUCUGGCGCGUCGCAAGGAGAUGUCGAUCUCAGCUCGAAAUCGCGACGGUUUGUCGGCGAUCCACCUAGCAGCGAUCGCAAACAACCUCCCAGUAUUGAAGCUAUUUGCCGAGGAGAUGGGCAAGAGUGUAGAGGAGAUCAAAGACAGAGAAAACCGAUCGUGUCUGAUGUGGGCUGUGUGCGCUGGAAAUGUAGAAGUGAUUGAAUACCUUGUAAGGAAAACGUCGCCAGAUCGACAAGCUAGGGAUAAUCACGGUUUCACAGCGCUGCAUCUGGCGGCCAUGGUUGGAAAUGAAAACAUCUGCAAGGUGCUUGUCAGACAGGGCUGGAACCUCUCAGAACGAGACAAGCUGGACAAUACACCAUUACACUUGGCGGCCGGACGUGGGCACACAGAUGUCGUUCGUUUCCUGGUGACCGCUGGAGCGAACAUGAACGAAAAGGAUGCGAUGGAUCGGACCCCGGUGUACUGGGCAUGUUUCGGCGGUCAGGCGCAUACACUCUACUGCAUGAUCAAAGAGCUUGGAUUCGAGUGGCGUACUACUGAUAAACAUCGCCGGGUUCCGAUCACCGAUGCUCUCGGACAAACUCCACUGCACGCGGCGGCCUUCGCCGGAUUCACGGCUUGCAUCAACGUUCUGCUAAACAUUGAAGCGGAAGAUGAUUGUCUCAUAUCACCGCUAACCGGCUGGAAAGACAAACACGGGGAGACGGCACUGCAUGUCGCAUGCACUCGCGGCAAAAUGGACUGCGUUCUGGCACUUCUGAAGGGUGGAGCAGCUCCAAAUGCCGUCAACGACGCCAAGAAGACAUGCUUGCAAUGUGCGAUCGACAAUAAGCACAGUAAUAUAGCUGAGUAUCUGCGUUCUCAAGGCGCACUUGUUUUCACAGAGCUAAGCGAAACAGCAGCCCGAGUCAUUCAAAGCUGGUGGCGAACAGUAACCAUUCGGGGACGUCUUCGACAAAUACGAAUAUGA